UGAUCGUGCUUGUGGAACUCCUCAUUCAGGCUAUUUUAAUACAGUCGACACAUGUUCUGCAUCAAGUUGCUGUAUCUUCUGUUUUUACUAAAAGUAACUCAUUAUAAGAAUAAAUCAGGGCUCAGGGCCAACACGUGGCGUUAUAUAUAUAUGGACCUGAAGGAAGUUCACUUAUCCUAAUCCCUCAUCGACGUUGUAAGCACACUGCGAAAUGAAGCACACACAGGUGCAUUGUAUAUUAUGUGGGCCUGUGCAGUUCCAGCCAAGGAUAAAUCAAAGCGAGGCUUGCGUGAUUUUAGCAUGAGCUGGGAAAUGGGAGGUGAAAAGAAAAUCGAAAACCUGGCACGUAAUCGGAUUAGGGUUUGAGUUUGCUUCAAAUGGGAGAUUCUGACGGCGGGAUUUGCUCUCGAGCACAAGUGGCCCUCCGCUACUACCUCCUCGACCACUCAGAGUAAGGGAACCCCUGGAGAAGCUGCCAAAAUGCCGGUGGAUCUGAACGGAUACUGGAAAAUGAUUUCCAAUGACAACUUUGAGGAGUACCUCAAGGCUCUUGAUGUUAAUGUUGCCAUCCGGAAAAUUGCCACUUUGCUGAAGCCGGACAAGGACAUCGUCCAUGAAGGGGAUCACAUCAUCAUCAAAACCCUCAGUACCUUCAAAAACUACAACAUGGAUUUCUAUGUGGGCAAGGAGUUUGAGGAGGAUCUGUCCGGGGUGGAUGACAGGAAGUGUAUGACCACCAUUACCUGGGAAGGAGAUAAACUGGUGUGUGUGCAGAAAGGGGAGAUUGAAGGAAGAGGUUGGACCCACUGGGUGGACGGAGACGAGCUUCAUCUGGAGCUGAGAGCUGGAGGAGUUGUCUCCAAGCAGGUCUUCAAGAAGUCCUAAAGGGGCUCAUAGGCCCAAUGAGAUGGUACCCCCUCCAACCGUCCCCCACCCCAGCUGACAUAGCAUCCAACAUCCCAGUUAGUCCAUUUUCAUGCACUCAUCCACAAUAUAAUUUUCCGCCAGGAUAGUAAGUCACCAAUAUAUCAUCGACGUUUACCUUGCUCUGUCAAACACCGCUGGAAAAAACAACCUAGCAUGCAUCCGGUGUAACAUCCCCAACCGCUCUGUAUGCAUAAAAGCAUAGAUGACGUUAAGAGUAGCUGAUCAGACAGGUGGACCGCACUGAUGGAUCUAGAUGCACCCAAGCUGAGUGUAGUUGAAGGAUGAAAGUGUCUUUAGUCAGAAUAUCAUGUAAAUAAAUUAUAUCCCUCACAAUUCUUUGCUGUCACUGAUAGGAAAAUAAAUCACUAAAAUGAAAUCCAA